UGUUUUGAUGUUUUGUAAAAAGUUUUGAUAUAAAAAUGUUUUGAUGUUUUUAAAAAUGUUUUGAUGUUUUGUAGAAAUGUUUGAUGUUUAGUAAAAAUGUUUUGAUGUUCUGGUAAAAAUGUUUUGAUGUUUAUAAAAUGUUUUGAUGUUUUGAUAAAAAUGUUUUGAUGUUUUCUAAAUAUGUUUUGAUGUUUUGUAAAAAUGUGUUUUGAUGUUUUGUAAUGUUUUGAUGUUUUUAAAAAUGUUUUUGUCUUUCAAAUGUUUCACAACUUUAUAGUUUAUUAUUUAAAAAAUGUAGUCUAUUAUUUCCCCUCAUUUUUGACAAAUUAUCAAUUAAAACCCUCAAAAGAGUAAUCUAUUUACCUUCAAUUUUGUCUUUAAUUUCUUAAGUAAUUUUUAAGGACGUUUGUCAUGGCCAAAUUUUCCUUAUCUAUUUGACAAAAAAGAGAAAAUUUUUUUUCUUUAUAUAAAUACUUAGUCGAAAUGUCAUUUUCCUGUUCCCCCCAAUUUUUCAGUUCAAUCAAAAUUUUGUCAUGUUUAUUGUUUCCUCUUUAUUUGUUUUUUAUUUGGUUAUUUUGUGUAUUCCGUCUACUACUUCUGCUUCCUCUCCCCUUAAAAAUUUAAACAAUGACUUUCAACAAAACACUAAUUCAAUUAAAAGGCCGCUUAAAAUACUCGUACAUUCCCCUUCAAUAAGUUGGAGUCAUGCUCAAUAUUUGGGAAGAAUUGCGGAUACUUUGGUUGAAGCGGGGCACGAAGUGCAUUUCCUUAAAUUCAUUAUGGACCCUACGUUAAACUUUAAAAAUGAAACUACUCGAGUAAAACAUAUUCAUGUUAUCCAAGCAAAUCCUGACAGUGUUGAAAUUUUGGAUAUUAAAAAUAACAAACUAGUAACAGAAGCAUUCCAUAGCGACAGACCGUUGAUAAAUUACUUUAAUCAUCCGAUGACUCAUUUUGGACCAAUGAUGGCUACUGCUUGUAAAGGCAAACAUUCAUAUUUUUGUUUGUUUUGUGUUUUGUUUAUUUAUUUGUCGUAUUUUGUUUUGUUUCCAAAAACAAUACAACAACACAAACUUUUGCAACAAUUAACCAACGAAAAGUUUGAUGUUGGAAUAUCAGAAAUGUACGAGUAUUGUGCUGCUGCACUUUUUCAUAAACUAGGCGUAAAAACAAGGCUAGCAGCAUUUGCAGUUCCCUUGUUGCAAAUGAUUGGUAGAAAAUUUGACAUUCCUAGUUUUGCUAGUUUCGUGCCAAACACUUUUGCCUCACAUUUGGGCCUACAAUCUUCUUUCUACUACAGAUUUUUUAAUUUUUACAAUGAAUUUUAUGACUGGAUUUGGAUGGAUGAUUAUAUUCUGAGAGAAGAGGAACAAAUAAUUCGUCAAGAAUUCGGCUCAGACUUUCCAGAUUUAAAAUAUUUAACAAAAAAAGUUUCUCUCGUCUUUUUCAACUCAAACCCCUUCUUUGAGAUGCCUAGACCAACCUCCAACAAAGUUGUUUAUAUUGGCGGGUUGGUGGAUAAUUUGGCAACUGAGGCUAAUAAAAAAUUGGAACCAAAAAUUAAAAAAAUAUUGGACGAGGCAGUUGAAGGCGCCGUCCUUUUCUCGUUUGGAUCAAUUGCUGACACAACCAAAUUAAAUUUAAAAAUUAUAGAGGGAAUUGUAAAAGCUUUUAGACAAUUCCCUAAUAUUCAAUUUAUUUGGAAAUUGGAUUCUGAAACAAUUAAAAAUAUGUCUGAAUUAAUUAAUACGGCAUCCAAUAUUCAUACGUUUGAGUGGCUUAGACAACCAGCUAUUUUAGUUCAUCCCAACUUGAAAGCAUUUAUUACACAUUGCGGACAAAACAGUCUAACUGAAUCAGUGUAUGCCGGUGUUCCUAUUAUUGGCAUUCCUCUUUUUGGAGACCAAUUUUACAAUGCUGAUGUUGCCGUUACACAUGGUAUAGGGCUACAAAUAGAUGUUAAUGAAUUGAAUGGACCGAAUGCCGAAAAUAUUUUAUUUGAGGCUAUAGAAAGGAUCCUCAAAGUCCCCUCAUUUCGCCAAAAUGCCCAAAUACUAUCCAGAAAAUUAAAAUUAACUCCAUUCAAACCAAAAGAAAGGCUAGUAAAAUGGGUAGAAUUCGCAGCAGAAUUUGACGAUUUAUCAGAACUUGAUAUGCCUGGAGACAGGGAAUUAAAUUGGUUUAUUUAUUAUUCUCUGGAUGUUAUAACCUUUUCGAUUGUAUAUUUGGGUGUUAUUUUGGUGGUUUUUUGGAAAUUUACAGAAUGGAUUUUGACUAAAUUUUGGCAAAUUUUGUGGCUGAGAAAUAUAAGAAAUAUUACAAGAAAAGAAGAGAAGAAGAAAAAAGCUUAA